AUGGAGAUGAUGUAUUAUCAGUUGGCAAGGUCGUCUUACCAGGAUUCGUUGAAAGUUCUUGAGGCUGAUAUACAACAUGCUAAUGCUUUAUAUCUAAAUCUUUUCCACAUACUUGUAUAUAAGGUGGACACGGAUGGGAGGCCGAAAAUAUCUACACAUGGAAGGAAAGCAACAAUUAAAGACUUCUAUGGUGCCUGA